UGUAAUCAGUAGAAGGUACGGUGCCGGAUAUUAAGGCGCUGUUACGGUUCUGCCUGGAGAAGCAAUGAAUCAGUUUGGAAUCUAGGUUAAGAACAAAGUUUCAGCAGGUUUUGGGAGUGUCUGUGUUUUACUUAGACGUGGGAGGAGAAUUGAAAUCACGCAGCAGCUGCUUGAAGCCGGGGAGAACAGUACAGCAUGAACCGGUAACCCCAAGACAGAUAGACAGACAGAGACCGUCGCGAUAUGUCCUUCCUCCGGGUGAAGUGUGCGGGAUUGGCUGCUCCCCUCCUGCUCCUACUAUCCAUGUCCCUCACCCAGUCCCCACCAGAUCGAAUUGAAUUUAAACUUGGACAAUUUCAAGAAAUAGUAUUAGUCAAGAACAAGACAUUUGAUGCCUUUUUAUGGAACAUUCCGGAGGACAUAGCAUUCAUCAUCAUUCAAGUGCACACCAAAUAUGUUAAUACACUUCUAUUUUUUUAUAAGAUUCCCACAGGAAGAACGUCAAUGAUUGGUCAAGAUCCGGGCUUGUUGCUAAGUCUAAAGCCAGAGGAAAAUGCAUCGAUAUGGCACCUACGAUCGCUGACUGAAAAUGUCUCUGCAACAUCUGUCAUCCUCCCAUACAAAGCGAGAGAUCCUGUACCAGGUGGAUGCAGUCUGGAGUCUGACUUAAAUGUUGAUACGAACGUGUACUUGCAGUACAACCAGUAUGAAGUCACAAUAAGUUUUCAUCCAGCUAAUAUUGGAUAUGCAAGGGGAAUGGUUCCACCAUUGUGUGACUCUGCUGGUGAAGUGCCCAGAUCACGACUUCAAUACGAUGUCUAUCAGUAUUUUCUACCAGAGACUGACAUGACUGAAAAGAUCCUCUUUGCCUCUCUUCAGAAGAUGGCUGAGGUACAACAUGUGGAAGCAAAUGGAGUAAAGCUUUUUAGUCUGGGCGCACAAGAUCAGGCUAGUGUAGCUGUAUCCUCAAUACCUGGCCAAGGGGUGAUUUAUAAUAUUAUUGUUAAGGAUCCAGAGAUGAACACAUCAGCAGCUUAUACCCCUGCCCAUACAUAUGGCUGCAGCUUCACAGACAAGCUGGACAAUUGCUACACUCAGAAACGAACUUCAACAAAAAUAUUUUUUGUUUCUGUCGGGCUCAUUGGAUUAUUUGUUUGCUUCUUCGGGCAUAGAUACCUAAAAACAGAAUUAUUCUUCAUGGGGUUCAUUUUCCUGGGAUUUCUGUCCUUCAUUCUUCUUGUACGAAUGCUUGUGCUGGAUUAUGAUGUGGUUUUGUGUCUGGUAGCAGUCAUGGGAUGUGUCGGUGGGGGUUUACUGGUGCUCUGCUGGUGGCGAUCUGGCUCUGUUGCAUUCUGCAUGAUCAUCGUUGGGUUGGUGCUGGGAUUUUUGCUGUCAUCUUUGAUCUUCUUUACACCAUUGGGAAACAUCAAAGCCUUCGAUAAUGAUGCUGUCUUCUGGGUGUCCUUUACAAGUGUGAUUUUACUUGUGUAUUUGAUAUUCUUCAGCUGUCCAAGACCAUUGAACAUAACGACAUGUGGAUUUGUUGGUUCCUACGCAGUGAUCCUAGCAGUUCAUAACUUUGUGUACACCAGCCUUGCCUACAUCACACUAAACAUUGUCAAACGAGCAGUUAAUGACCAUUUCAACACUCUGUACACAAACGUACUUUUCCAGAUGAAUGACUAUAUUUUAAUAUCUGUGUGGGUGGUCUUGCUGGUGAGUGGAAUCGUGUUCCAGUUUCACCGUGAAAAGGACCAGCCCAGCUUUCCAUCUAAUCCAUACCAAACCUGGAAACGCGAGAGGCAGCGUCGUCAAACUAACAUCUUGGAUCCCAGUCACCACAUUCCUCCAAUCAAGGAUCGGAUGAAGAGUGCGCUGACUGAUGUCAAACAGCUCUUUGUGAAACAGCAGCCAGCAGGUGAACAGACCCCAUUGCUCCUAUAGACUGCAAACCAAAGCCACUGAGAGCAUGGCUGUCUUUCCCCUUUUCUUAAUAUAGCCAUAAAUGAAGAUUUUGUACUGAUCUGCCAAUUCACUUUUUGAAUCGGGAAUCCAAAUGGUAGGCUUUCUUACAGUACUUUUGUUAUAAGAAGUUUAUUUUCAAUCUUUAGUGCUGAAAUCCAUUGGAUUGCUUCAAAGGAUUAAUUGGUCGUAUCUUGUAACCUGAUAUUAGGCUGAACUGAGACUGGCUGUUUAAUGGUCAUGAAAACUGCACUGAAUCUUAUUGAGAACAUUUUGAAUUUCAGGUUCACGUUUGGAAACCAGUUAUAAUGGUGGUGUUAUGAAACUUGUACUAGAUGGUGUUCUCUUUUUUGGUUAUUUGCACAUUGGUGUGGUUUUUUUUAGUAGAGAAGUGUCUAGUAUAUCCUGGGGGAAAGUGAGGAAGUCAGUCCUUCUAAGGAUUCACAUUUGUCACUGUUCUAAGAACUAGUGAUAUCCAAACACUGAGCUGUUGGGUUUUUAUGUAGUCAAAUUCAAGACUUGCACAGUGCAAUGCACAUUUAAAUACCUCAUUGAAUUCUCAAGCAAAAUUUCUGAUCUAGAAAUUGAAUAUUGUUUACAACAAAACUGGUUUUCUGGAAAGCUUUGUUCCACUGUAUUCACUUUGUCCUCGUAAUAAUUUCUGGGAGGCUAUUACCAUGUGACGUGUAUUAAAAAUUUGGUACUAGAGGCUUCAUAAAUGAGCUAAUUUUGGCUAAAUCAAAAAUAAUCAUGCAAUAGAUUUCUUCAACUAAAGAUUCUGGUGCCCACAGACCUGAUGAGUGAUCCACUGUAGCCUGUUAUUUACUGUUAUGAGGUGCUUGGAUAAGUCAGAAACUAAAUGGUUUCCCUUUCCUUCCCUCCAGUAGCUUGGCUUAACUUAACAUGACCAAAGAUUAAUUGGAUGGGGAAAGGGAAAUAAUUUUACAAAUGAUGCAUUGUAUUGUUGGAUUUUAUCUCCACUGAAAUAAUUUGAGAAGGUUUCUGUACUGAAAAUGAUUUGAAUCCCAGCUCACAGCUGAAGAUGUUAAAAUAAAAGACAUUCAUUACAUGCCCUCCUUGCAGUGAAUCUGGGUUACAACUGAGCGUGACUGUGAUACUGAUCAGGGUGUAUUCUAGAAUUGGGAAUGCACACAUUGGUGUAGUGUGAAUAACGCAAAUAAAAAUUAUUUACAGACUGGAAAAAGUAACACUUGCAGCAAUGGCUUGUAUUUUGUACACAUUUUAUACUGUGGAUAUGAUUAAAAUAUUUAAUACAA